AUGGCUGAAGAAAUACAUAGCACUGCAGCUUACACCAGUUACCCUGAUAAAGCCGUGGUGUCGCAGGUUACUCAAGAGUACCUGAAUUCCUUCAAGUUAGCCACCUGUGGUGUAAUACCGGUGGUAAUCUUGCUCUAUGCUUUUGUGAAGGCUGUGGGAGCACUGGUGAUAACUCAAUGCGUUGUUAACCAAAAUGCCUGUGCUGAUUUUAUUUUGGGUGGGGGAGUGGAGGUGUCAUUCAGCUUUCAGGAAGGAAUUGUCUAUUUCAAGUGGUAUUAUAAACUGGGAAGACAAGCUGGGAAAAUCUUAUAUAGAAAUGAGCUUUCAGUAGACAAAACUAAGAAGAAGAAAAGAAGGGAACUGACUGAGGAACAGAAGCAAGAAAUUAAAGAUGCCUUUGAGUUGUUUGAUACAGACAAAGAUAGAGCAAUAAAUUAUCAUGAAUUAAAGGUGGCAAUGAGAGCCUUGGGUUUUGAUGUGAAAAAAGCUGAUGUACUGAAAAUACUUAAAGAUUAUGAUCGAGAAGCAACAGGCAAGAUCACCUUUGAAGAUUUCAAUGAAGUUGUGACAGACUGGAUAUUGGACAGAGACCCACAAGAAGAAAUACUCAAGGCAUUCAAAUUGUUUGAUGAUGAUGACUCUGGUAAAAUAAGUCUGAGAAACCUGCGCCGGGUUGCUAGAGAAUUGGGUGAAAAUAUGUCUGAUGAAGAACUACGGGCUAUGAUUGAAGAAUUUGAUAAGGAUGGAGAUGGAGAAAUCAAUCAAGAAGAGUUCAUUGCUAUUAUGACUGGAGAUAUUUAGCAUCAGAGGAAAAGGAAUGAACUCAGCACAAAAGGGGGGAAUCAUUGGCAGCUUCCAUUACAAUGUUUUGUACUUCCAUUCAUUUCUGUAGCUGGAGUCGUGCAGAAAAUUACUUUCCUCCCAGGACCAAAAUAAAGACAGGUUAUAUGCACUGAUAGUUCAGUAUUUUGUAUCAUUAAAUACUAUCACUAGAACAAUUGAUAUAUCAUUUUAGAACAAGUAAGUAAUGCUGCAUUUCAGAAUGUUUGAGUACUCAUUUGUAAAAUAGUUUUGUAUAGGAUUUCUAAAUUGUAUCAUAUUACAAGAACCCUUUGAGGUUGACUUUGUGUUAGCAUUAGCUGUGGCCUUAGUUUUGAUACAUAAGGUUUGACAAACUUCCAUUUUAAUAAAAUGUUCUUUACAAUU